AUGGAGUUCUGUCAGGUAGAUCUGGAUGAGUUCUGUUAUAAGCAAUUUGAUAAGACGAAGAAGUCCUGUUCAUUUAUACCUUACGAUAAAAAUGAGUUCAUUGAAAAGGUAAAUGAACUGAUACGGCAAAAAAAAAUUAAAGUAGUACCAGGGUAUGCUGGUUUUUGUAAGCAUAUAUUUAUUGAAAAUUUUACAGAGGCAACAGUGGAGACAAUUGAAAUUAACAACAAGAAUAGGGACCUCAUAAAAACCGAUUACAUAUCUAGGAGGGAUAAUGAAUUGCCUGUACUGAUAAGGUGGAUCUCAAAGAAGGAUGUGAAGGACAUCAUCAAGGCCAAGUACCUGGAUCUUAUUUUGUAUUCCAGGGAACAGAUCGAAAAGGAGAAUAAAGAAACCAAGACAGUACCUAAUAAGAAGUCCAACUGCCUGUACUCCAUCAUUUGCAUUAAGCCGCAAAACGUGGACUACGAACUACCUAUGACUCCCAUCACCAUGCUGCGCAACACGCUCAUCAGUGAAGGUGGCAGCGGCAUCAACUUGAACCGCGACAAGUACCUCGAGUCGGUCAAGUAUUGGCGCCACCAUGUAUCCAUCAUUGACAAUUAA